ACAGCCAGGUUGGUUACCAUGACCACGGCGUCUUGGUACCUUGGUUCCCCCCCUUUGCUCUCCGGUAAGGUUCGGCUUGUUUUUGGGAACAUAUCGACAAAUGGUUGCAGGAUGUUUAGGAAAUCUGUCUGGAGGAACACAGUCAGUGAUGCAGUGAGUUUCCAUCAAGACCAAGCCCUCAGCACAACCAUAUUUCUCCUAAAUUCAUUUGGCCCAACAGGGUUUCUGCUCAGAGAAGAGGGAGAGGCUAAAAACUUCAAGGUGUGCUUGGGUGACCCACAUGCGUGCACUUGCCCCGUGUUCACCAGGGAGCAGGAGCCUUGCAAACACAUCUGCUGGGUUUUACUGCGGAAAUUCAAACUUCCCAGAGAACAUGAAUAUUCAUUUCAGCAUGGACUUGUGGAGAGACAGAUCUUGGAGGUACUCCAUGGUUUACACCAAACCAAAGACCACUGGACGGAAACUCAUUCUGCUGCUGCUGCUGGGACCCCGAGCCAGCCAGUUACUGGCCAGGAGGCUGGAAGUGUCUGCCGGAAAGUGAUCCAAGCCCAGGAUGUGUGUCCUAUCUGUCAAGAAGUGCUGCUGGAGAAAAAACAGCCCGUGUCUUACUGCAGGUUCGGUUGUGGCAACAAUGUCCACAUCUCUUGCAUGAAGGUAUGGGCAGAUCACCAGAAACUUUUAGACAGUGAAGACAACGUGAAGUGCCCUCUGUGUAGGGAGGACUUCAGCUCCUUAAAGUUGCUCCAGGAGCAGGUGAAAAACGCAGCAAAGCUUUUCACUGCAGCUGAGAGAGAGAAGCCAGACAGACACCUGGGAACCCUCUGCUACAGCUGCCGGGUCGGCCCUGUCACUGGCAGGUGUUUUAAAUGCACAGUCUGCAGGUACUUCUAUCUAUGUGAGGACUGCUCAAAGAAGGGCUGCCACCCACAGCAUCCAUUUGCGUCACGUAAAAAAAGGAGAGAAAAGUGGCACCUAGUGGCCGAGGACCCUAGUGAUGAACCGAGGGGAGCAACCUCACACCAGCCGAAUGACAGCAUUAUCCCUUUAGCUGCAGACCCUUUACCUGAAAAUGUGUGGGGGUGUCUACCUGUGGUCAGGGUGAGAUCGGGGUCCCGGCUCCUGGAUGUGGGACAGCAGUGUCGGAUCUGUUUGCUGGAUUUCAGCCUGGGCCAACGUGUCCGAACUCUGCCCUGCCAUCACAAGUUCCACACCGACUGUGUGGAUGGGAUCCUGCGGAAAUCAAACUCCUGCCCCUUGGAUGAAUAUGUCAUUUAUAACCCUUUGACUUGGACAACCAUUGAAAGGAAGGCCUCCCCUAAGUUGGCCUCCUGCCUUUCCAGUGACUGUGCCAAACGACCAGAAAAUGACUUUAAGGACCUUUUUAUUCCAGGAGUGGCACUGCGGGACAGGAACACUAAAGUCACUCCCUCACGUGGUUCUCUGAGCUUAGAGGUGCUAACGGGUUCUUCAGUAACUUUAAACACCCCACAAAAGUUAAUAACUGACCGUUUUCAAGGCUUGUGCGUAGAUACAGUCACUGUGAAAGAAGGAGAAAGAGAGUUGCAGAGAAAACAAACUAAUUUUAAUCCUGAAAGCUGUACAUCUUUUGAUCACCAAUGUAAAUCUGACUCAAGUGCACAUUUCUUAAAAAGGACAGUGACAGCACACACCCCUGGUUCACCCGCAGUGACACAAAUCAGAGAGCAACCCCAGUUGAACCUGUUUGUGGGUUUGCAGAGACCUGAGUCAGACCACACAGCUACUGCUGCCUCUUCUGCCAGGCAAACCAGACUGCAACCUAAGAGGACAGGCACGCUAACCAUUAAAGAAACAAAUAACAGACUCAUUUCAGAGCUAACAAUGACUGGAGUUUUAAUAAACACACAGCAAAAGAAGAAGACUUAACUUUACUGUUAAUGCGGUGAAAUACAUCAAAAAGUAUGUGUAACCCUUAAUACAAUAAGAUAUAAAUCUGAAAUAUAUUUGAAAUGUUGUGUUUGUGUCAUUUUGGUGAAAUCUAUUGUAUACAUAAUUAAAUAUGUACUUGAAAAAAAAUGACAAAAGCUUUUGUACCAUAAAUGGUAUCAAGUAAGUUUAUUAAUUUAGUGCACAAAAAGGCAAGACUAAUAACACUACUAUCAUUACAGAGGUAAACACAAGAGGUGCCCAUUUUGGACAAAACAAAAUCCCCAGACAAAAGGAGCACACUAUAGAACACAUUCAAAUCAAUACAAAUACAUUCAGCGAGAUCACUUUAAAACAGGAGUGGCAGUAGGUUUGAUUUGCUCAUCAAUUGUCACCACAAAGUUUUCACAAACUACUCCUCAUGUUGCUGUGUAAGCCGGGGUAUGCUGUGUUUUCAAGCUGAUGACUAGCAGGAUAAAGUUUUUCCAUUUGUAAGCAUACUAAAUGAUUAAGUGCUCAACUUGUUGCUACAUUUAAAAUGUACAAAGCUCAGGCUUGUUUAACACUCCCUUUGAAAAGGCUCGCUUUUUAGGCUAAAUUAAAAAAAA